GGAAUGACGUGGACUGAAAUGGCUAUAUUUCCAUCAGUGGAUUGCCAUACUCUCUUCCUACCUGCCAUAAAGAAGAAGUUCCUUGAAGAUUUAUCAAGGGCAAGAGAAGAAGAUUUGACAGAAGAAUACAAACAAGAGCGAGAUAUUCUGAUAACAAAAAUAAAACAUGGCCUAAAACCAAAGGGAAAAAAUGGUGCUCCCAUCUCUGGACCAGAGCUCUCUUCUCUUCUAGAGAUUUUAGUUGAAGCUGCUAACGAGGGAUCGCUGGCUCAGAUCCCAAGCAGAUGGAACACGUUCCUUGAAAAACUCGAGAGAACCGCGAAGGAAGACUGCUUGGAGUUUUACGAGGGAGAGAUGACAUUACUGUACAAAAAGUAUGACAAUGGCCCUAUUCCAGAAGAGGAACUUCAAGACUGGCACACUGUUGCACAAAACAAGUCCCUGAAGCUACUUACACAUCUUUUAUUCGGUCUUGGUCACGUGGUAGAAGAAUCGUCACGUGGUUUGUCUAGGAAGAUAGACGAGAGUUACGAAAGGUCUUUGGAUAUGAACGCCAAAAAAACUACCUUAAAGUGUAAUGACGUACAACGCAGACUCGAGCUUGAAUCAGAAGAGGAACUCGAGAAGAUUGGACUGCCCGUCAAAUCCGCUCAACUUUUUAGUUUGUUUAAGAAUAUCGAAAAGGAAACCCUGAAAAAAUUUGAAUUAUAUUUGGGGUAUUUAUCUAAAAGUAUCGCGUACAAGACUUACUAUACCAGACUUCAGGAGUCACUAGACAGUCUACGCGACUCUUACGUCCUUAAGAACAACAAAGCCCUUGAGGGUGUUCUGAAAUACGCGAUGGGAAAGGCAAUCGACGUUUUCUUUCAGAUAUCAAAAUCGAAGGACGAAACCCCGCGAACACCAAAGGUGUUGAAGAAAGUCCUUGAAAACGCUAAGCAAGAAGGCAUAGAGGUGUUCAAAACAGAAAGUGAUAUCGCUAUUGAGGAGGACAUAUUUCAGCCCUUCCUCUUCAUGCUUCAGGGUAAAAUAGAUGAAGUCUGGUUGUCCAUGGAAGAUGAAAAUACCGAGCUAGUACGACGACAAGCGGUCUCCAAGGUGAGAGAGCUGUUGGUGUUGUUCAGAGAUAACACAGCAGGCCAUAAGAUCGUUCUUCCCAUCAACGAAACAGAUCUCGAUUCGAGGCUGACAGCAGAAAAAGAGAAAAUCUUUGCAAGCUUCCAAAGUUCCCAGACUGGAUUUGAAGGGUUUGAAGUAGUAAAACAGACGUAUGGAUCUCUCGAGGUGGACCUAGAAAAGAUCUGUGUGGAACGCCGUCACGAAAACAUGGUUGCUUAUAGUAAAGAAGUCAAGGUUCCCUUGACAACCAGUAAAAAAGUUGUCAUUAUCUCGGCGGACAACUACGACACUGUUUUUUCUCUCAAGCAAUACAUCCGACAAGUUUGUCUUUUAAAUCUGGACGAAGGGAAACCCAAGCACUGGCCAAUGUCACUCAAGAACACCAUUAUUGACAAUUUCAUUGAAACUGAUAAAGAUAUUGGUAAAAUAAUCAAAGCCCGUAAGAGUUUGUGGAGAAAUUUCAAAGGUUUUUUCCAGUGGAUGCUGUGGUUAUUUGGGAUGUACUAAUAAUUAUUGUCGUUUUAAUUUAAAGAACCAUUAUUAUUGCUGUUAAUAUUGGUGAGUUGUGUUGAGGAAUAGGUUUAAGUGCACCUGUAGUGACAGACCACCUCUAACUCUUUAUAAGGUAACCUUAUCUUUCUCAUUUAGAGGUGAUAAUAAAUUGAGUCAGUCACCUCUAAUGAACGACCACCUCUAAAAUCCGACCACUCUUUACAAGGUGAACUUAUCUCACUCAUUUAUAGGUGGAUAUAGAUGGAAUGAACGACCACCUCUAGAAUCUGACCACUCUUUAUAAGGUGAACGUAUUUCUCUCUUUUAGAGGUGGACAUAGAUGGAGUGAGUCACCUCUAAUGAACGACCACCUCUAUAAUCCAACCACUCUUGUCACUUCGGGUGACCAAAUUUAUCUCUUUUGAGGUGACCUUGUUUUCCAGCCCAUAGAAUCCAACCACAUGCAAGUUCUCAAGGUGACCACAUUUCACAGACUGUAAAACGUUCAAAUAUACAGUUUAUAUUUGGCAUAGAAGACUUUUGUCAAAGAAAAUACUGAAAAGGCUGGUUUAAGUUCUUAAAUAAAAAAUAAUAAUAAUAAAUAAAUAAAUAAAAACCUAA